GGCCCCGCCCACUAAUCAAACGUUGAGCGGGAACGAGUGUUAGCAAGUUUUCACAGCUAGCUAGCUAACAUUAUCUAAACUCAAUUUAUCUUUUAUUUUACUGCUUUUUCUCGUCUUAUCUUUCAACAAAGCAAUGGCGUGUGUUCAAAAAGUGCGAACUUCACAGGAUACUCAGCUGUUACCCAAUCAGGUUAUCUCCGAGCAGCAGUCUUUGGUUUUGAUGAAGAAGCUGCUGGCCAUUGCAGUGUCUGGCAUCACCUACCUCCGGGGCCUGUUCCCAGAGAAAGCCUAUGGGAGCAAAUAUGUUGAAGAUCAGAAAGUGAUGAUACUCAGAGAGGAGCGCAGCUGUCCUGGGGCCAGUCAGAUUGUCGAGUGGAUGCAGGGUUGUUUUGAGGCCAUCGAGAAGAGAUAUCUGCGGGCGGUGAUCAUGUCUAUCUACACCAACCAGGAGAACCCUCAGAAAGUGACUGAGUUUUAUCAGUUUAAGAUCCAGUACACCGAUGAAGGAGCGCAGAUGGAAUUUGAAAGCAACAACAACAACAACAUGAUGUCGAUGUCGAGCGGGAGCACAAAGAAGGCGAGCAUCCUGCUGGUGAGGAAGCUCUACAUGCUGAUGCAGAACCUCGGACCUCUGCCGGACAACGUGUGCCUCAACAUGAAGCUGGCUUACUAUGAAAACGUCACUCCUCAGGACUACCAGCCGCCGGGCUUCAAGGAGGCCGAUGGCGACACCAUGGAGUUCGAGAGGGAGCCGGUCCGACUCACCAUGGGCGAGGUGGUCACUCCCUUCCACACCCUGGAGCUGGACAUGACCACAGAGAGACAGCGACUGGAGCAGGUGGAGGAGAGUCUUUGUGUGAAACAGAAGUGGGUUCUGAAAAUGGAGGAGGGGGGCGUCUUUUCGGAGGUCAGCACGCCGACACAGGGAAAGAUGGGAAAAAGCCAUGUGAUUGAGGACGUGGAGAAGCCUGACAAUGAGAGCAUUGACUUGGAUAACACGGAGAUCCAGAUGAGUCACCAAGAGAAGAUCGAGAGCUGUGAAGAAGUCACAGAGAUGGACACUCUGGUGAAGGAGGCCUCCGGCAUGGAGGUGGGUCUGAAGAGGACCAGGAGUGGACGGGUCAUCAAAUCCACCACGGAGACAAACCUGACUGUGAACAACAACAGAGUGAUGGCUACAAGGUCCAAGGAGUUUUCUCAGUACGACAUCCCCACCAGCCAGGAAUCGACGUCCUCCAGCGUCGCAGCCCCCGCGAAGAAGCGCAAAUUCAGCGAACCCAAAGGACGCAUCUGACCUCACAGGAAACCAUUACCGCAGCUGCUUUAGUUCACAUUUGUGCUUUUUAAAUUUUGCUUUGGAUCUCAAGUUUCCAGACUGUUUUUUUUUUAAAGAGUUUGACUCAUUUUAGUGUUAUUUUUGUUAGGUUGUUUGCUCUACUGUUUAGUUAAAUACAUUAAAAUGAACCAUUUACAGAUUUGAGUUCAAAUGCUGAUGAACUGCUCUUACAAUUUACAAUUACACUUGUUUACAUGUUACAAGUCAGAGUUAUAUAUUCACAAAGAAG